CAACCCCACCAUCACCACCAGCCGCCGCCUUUCCCUGCCCGUGGACCUCAGACGCCGCCCAGCCCUCUUCCACCCCGACCUCGCCACCCCCGUUGAGCUGAUGGGUUUCACAAUGGCCGGCUCCGAGGACGUGAAGGGUUUGGCAGCGUCGCUGGGAGACCUACAAGUAGAGGCAUCACCAUCGAGGGAGAAAGAAAUAGAUUGGCUUGGCAAUGGUGAUGAUGCUGCUACCGAUGAUGACGUUUGGGAUGAUGCUGCCAUCUUAGACAGGGAUUGGGCCCACAGGAAGAACCAGUUCGUGAAGAUGGGCUAUAGGGAUGGCAUAACUGAAGGGCAGAAGGAUGCUGCUCAAGAGGGCUUCAAUAUUGGGUUUGGGCAAUCAGUGCAUGUUGGAUACAAGUGGGGUCUCGUUCGGGGGAUCACUAGUGCACUAGAUAGUCUUCCCGACAGUCUAAAAGAAAAGUUGUUGCUCGAUGGCCAGCGUAAAGGAAAACUUGAAGAUUUGCACAAUUCUGUGCAAGGAAUUUCAUCCGACGGUGCACUGAGGCUGUUUCAUGAGAGUAUUCUGCAGGAUAAUCCUCCACCGGAGGAAAACAGGCUUCAAACUGUUCCAAACGACCUUCUUCUAUUGUUGAACGAAUGCCCAGAUGUUCAGGUUCCUGAAGAGUUGACACGAGUUCCAUAAGCAAGGUUUUAAAUGUAAUGGCAAGCACCAAUGACUUGGAAGUCUGGCAGAAUCACUUGGACUGAGUUCUUCUGAAUGCUGUAACUGUACAGCAUGUGAUACUAAGCUCUUUUUAGUCACACCAACCUUUUUUGCUAUAAAAAUCAUGUAAAUUCGCAGUAUGAAUUUUUAUAAUUU